CACGACCUUCGCGCGCACCACGUCACCCCGUUCCCCUCCCUCCUCCCUCCGCUCCCUCAAGACAUUUUCUCUCUCAUAACUCAUGUACCGGUACAGAUGCGAUCACACGUCUGAACGCGUUGAGCGGCCCUACCACGCAAGACCAACCCGGCAUACGACGCGCGGAUGAGCAGCGGCAAUCAUCGCAACGGUCUCCACGAUGCGCGAAAUUGUGGCAUGGGCAGCAUGAGCCGCGUUUGGGAUGCACUCAGGACCUCCUUGCCCCGCCUUCGGCACUCUCCGCCCUCAAGACACCCCCACACGCACCCGCGUCGUCCCUCCACUCCCUCCCAAGCCGAACACGUGUCUCGCGCCGAGUGCCCGCCGUUCGAGUACUCACCGCACCGGGAAUUCACGGUGCUGGUGCUCGGCGUGGGGUGCGUCGUUCAACGUCCCGAGAUCGGCCUGACCUUGGCCGGUUUCGGGAAUGGUGCGAAGGGGUCGUACGUGUGCAGAUGCGCGUGUGGAUGAGUACGCGGCUGCUCAAGGGCGCGCAGCCAACACCCUGACGACGAGCCGAAGUGACGAGCCGCGCGAACUCGCGCUUUGGAGCCCAGCCCCCGCCCCCUCCCCCCAUUGCUGCCUUCUCGACACGCGCUCGUCGUGUACGCCCGUACAGGCUGCACGAUGCGCGCGGCGCCGGCGAAAAUUUUUGCUGGCCCUUUUUCACCCUUUCCCCCCUUUUGCCCUUGCACGUACUUGUACACGGUGUAUAAGUAGGAUUGUAUACACCAUUUCUA